AUGUCUUCAUAUAUUUUUCGUUUCAGCAGAAUCCAAUCAACAAUGAAGGCCUUCAUCUUUGCCCUUGCCCUAGCCUGCGUGUCGGCUGUGCCACACCGCGAUGUCGAUUUCGAGCCUAGUUCUCAGCGCAUCCUUGACAUCGUGAUCUCAAACUUGUUCAAUGAAAUCGGUGAAUUGUUGAGAGCGGCUGAUCCCCUCCGCCGUGACGGCUACGCUGGCUCCUGGAGCCCUCCAGGUGCAUCAGACAUCAUUAACUUCUCUGGCCGCGUGACUGACGUCAAGGCUGAUGACUUCAGCUCCCUGCAUUUGCGUAGUGUCAGCUAUGUCGGCACCCGACUCAACUUAGUCCUGGCUGUUCCCAGAGUUUCAGCAUCAGUCGGUGCCGCUGAAGGAGAAAUCCGCAUUUUCAGCCGCGUCCUGAGGUCUUUCGCUUCCGGAGGACUUGCCCUUGAGAACGUCGUUGCUGAGGCUACCGCUUCCGUCUCCCUCGCAGGCGACAUCAUUGUCAGUGACAUCGGAGCUGCAAUAACUAUUGGCGAUGUCAAAUCUAACCUCCAAAUCAAUCUCUUCGGACGCGAAGUUGGACCAGCCGUCAAUGACUUCCUAGAGAAGAUCCCUGUCUACCUGACGGACUACGCAGCCGAGGUCAGCCGUGUUUUGGAGUACGUCGCCCAACUCAUCAUCAACAGAUUACUGUAAAUUACUCGAACGAUACUUGUGAAUCAAAAAUAAAUUAUGUUCUCUUAAAAUUGU